AUGGGCGGACUUAAGGAAGACAUAGCAUUUGACCCGCCUUGCCAUCCACGAGCUUGUGCCAUACAAGCAUGCCUCACGAAGAACUCGUACCAGGAAGAGAAAUGUCAAUCCCAGAUCAAUGCUCUUUAUGAAUGCUGCAAUGCCUUCUACCAGGCACGAGGAGAGGACGCAAAGACCCCAAGCUGUCCUAAGCCCAAUUUGCUGCGUCUGAAGAUGAAGCAACGCGGCAUGGAGCCUUAG